UUUCUCUAUGAUUUGCAUUGGAUUGUUGUUUAUCUCGUUUAAUUUUUACAAAGUCUAGAUAGAUUGUAUUACUGAUAAUAUUAUAUUUUAUCUUAAAUUUGUCCGCAGCUGCUUCUUCCUAUAUUACUAUAUCUACUGAGCAGCAACAAACUGCGAUGUCGUGGGAUUGGUUCGAGUCUAUUGGCAAGCCUUCCUUUGUGGUGGCUCCAAUGGUCGAUGCCAGUGAGCUGGCGUGGCGGCUUCUUUGCCGGAGACAUGGCGCCCACCUAUGUUACACGCCAAUGUUUCAUAGUAAUGUGUUUACCAAAGAUCCUAAGUAUAGAAAAGAUAGUAUGGUUACUUGUGCUGAGGACAGACCUCUGAUAGUACAGUUUUGUGGAAAUAAUCCAGAAAUUAUGGCUGCUGCAGCAAAGAUGGUUGAAGAUCAAUGUGAUGCUAUUGAUAUCAAUCUUGGCUGCCCACAAUCAAUAGCAAAGCGAGGCAGAUAUGGGUCAUUCCUUCAAGAUGAAUGGAAACUGUUGCAAGAUAUAGUUAGAGCCAUGUCAAAAGCUGUGUCAAUACCAAUUACAUGCAAAGUUAGAAUAUUUGAGGAUAUUGAGAAGUCUGUGCAGUAUGCACUGAUGCUGCAAGAAGCAGGAUGCAAGUUGCUCACUGUCCAUGGCAGAACAAGGGAACAGAAGGGGCCACUUACUGGCAUUGCCAGUUGGAAACACAUCAAGGCUGUAAGAGAGGCUGUAUCAAUUCCUAUGUUUGCUAAUGGAAAUAUACAAUGUUUAGAAGAUGUGUAUAGAUGUUUAGAGACCACUAAAGUUGAUGGUGUGAUGAGUGCUGAAGGAACACUCACAAAUCCAGCUCUAUUUGAAGGAAUCAACCCGGUUUCUUGGGAGAUGGCAGGGGAAUAUUUGGAUUUAGUUGAACAGUAUCCAUGUCCCACAUCAUACAUGAGAGGACAUCUAUUUAAAAUAUUUCACAAAAUAUUUACAUUUGAACAUAACAAUGAUGCUCGACAACUAUUAGCUACAGGACAAAAUAUAAAUGACUUUAGACAAGUGUGUGUAACAAUCAGAGAUAAGUACAAGGAUUACCAUGAAGGUACAUUAACCCUUGAAGAUUGUGAAAACAUAACUCGACAAGGAUAUAAUUUAAUACUUCCUCCAUGGAUAUGUCAACCAUAUGUCAGAAUGUCCCCUGAAGCCCAUACCCAGAAAAUGGAAACACUAAGUAAAGUCCAGAUUGAAAAUAACAAUAAGAGAGACUAUGAAGACAUAGAUGGGAAUUGCAUAUCUAGGAAAAAGAUGAAAAAACUGAGAAAAAUCAUGAGAAGACCAGCAAAAGAUGACAAGCAAACUGGGAGAAGUGGUGAAAUAUGUGUCAAUCUCACUUGUCCUAAUCCACUUGGUGGCAAGUGUGUUUAUCAGCUCUGCAAAAAGUGUUGCAGAAACAAAUGCUUUGAAGAAGAUUUGGAUUGCAAAGGUCACAGAAUACUUGUCCACACUCGUCGUGAAAUGGCUAAAAACUUCGCUCAGCUAAAUACUGUGGAUGAGCAAGUCUGUCACGCAGCCGAAACAUAGGUAUAAGCUUUAAAGUAUGCAAGGAUAUUAUUCGAAUGCUCUGUACAUAUUUAGAUCUAUGUAGAUAAUAUACAUUUGACAUUACUUUUUA